AUGACUGUGAUUAAUAUUGGAUCAGGUGAGGUGAACUCAACCAACAUCCCAAUCAAGAAUAAACACCCACAAAUUCUAGGCUUGGAGAGAUUUUUAGGUGUUGAUGCUAAUGAUAAUUUUCUAAUUUUGGUUGAUAGUCCAACCAAUGCUUAUGGAAUCAUUACCAUUUCACAAUCUGGACAAAUAUUAGACGGACCUGAAUUUGUUGGUCCUAUUAGAGAAAGUAUCGAAUGGAUUGAUUCCUCUUUGCAAUAUGACACUGCUCGUGACUCUGUCUAUUAUGUUGUAACUGGUCCUAAAUUGUUUGUCUAUGAUUUUGCCAAAAAAUCUACCAAUGUUAUCAAAAUUGAUAUGGAAGACCGAUUUUCUAUUCCAUCAGGAUGCUUUGAUGGAGUAGGCACCUACUAUAUCUUUGAAAACUCUGAUUAUUACCACAAAGUAUUUGAAAUGACUUCGUAUUCGGUUUCAGACAACCAACAAUCCGAGAAUGCCAAUGUCACUGGUAUUUCACCAAGUUCAAAUACCUACCUUUUCUGUGCCAACAAACAAGUUUAUACGCUCGCCUUUGAUGUGAACCAACGUUCAAAUAUGACAUUGUAUCUUUUAGAUACCGAUAAUUUCACUGCCUCUAUAUCAUACAAUCAAGACAUUGGUCUCCCAAACUCACUCAACCUUUGGUUUAUUGACAAUUACUUUGUAUUCCUCUCUGACAAUGACAACAACCAAUUCCAUUUGACCACCGUCGACCUCAACACUAACCAAGUUGUUUCACAGUCCCAAGUUCAAGGUACAUUUAAUCUCUAUUCACAAGCUUCUGGUGUCUUUUAA